AAAUUGCUUUUUCACAGGUUCACAGUCUCAUCUAUUUCUUAUUAUUCUACCAAAUUAAGAGGCAACAACAGUAGCGAAGAACUGAAAAUGAGUUCGACGAGCAGAGCUUGGAUCGUGGCUGCAAGCGUUGGGGCUGUCGAAGCACUGAAGGAUCAAGGGUUCUGUAGAUGGAAUUAUGCCUUCAGAUCUCUCCAUCAACACGCCAAGAACAAUUGCAGAUCUCUAUCUCAAGCCAACAGAUUUCCCUCUUCUUCCUCUUCUGCAAUGGCGAUGUCUAAUAAGGUGAUUCCGAGUGAUGAAAAGAUGAAGCAAUCGGAAGAAUCUCUCAGAAAAGUUAUGUACUUGAGCUGUUGGGGUCCUAAUUGAUCUCCAAAUCUCUCUACUCCUGACCUGUUGGGGUCCCAAUUGAUGAGCUCCGAAUCUCUUUACUGCUCACGAUGCGUACCACUCUAGAGCUGUAUUACUUCUAUUUCGUCCAUUCUGUAAAUACUGAUUGAGA